AAUGAGACAUUAUGAGAGACAAUAAGGGAGCGUGCUAUAUUAAAGCGUGCAUACUUUUGUGAUUUCAAAACACAACAACCUUUUUUGCAACCAAUAACUGUUUUAAAAAGAGACCUUUCAAAGAGUACAUUAGUACUAACAAACAACAACACUUUCUUCAAAACCAAAAGAGUGACCACUAACAAAAUCUCUUCUUCUUGUCUAGAGAUUUCAUUAAUUUCUUCAAACAAGUCACUUCUCUACAAGGAAUAAUGUCUAAUAUGGUUGAGGUUAGAGUUCCAAAUCUUGAUUGUGAAGGGUGUGCUUCAAAAUUAAAGAAAGCUCUCUUCAAGCUCAAAGGAGUAGAUGAUGUAGAAGUUGAAAUGGAAGCACAAAAGAUAACAGUAAGAGGCUAUGGUUUAGAAGAGAAAAAAGUAUUGAAAGCAAUAAAACGCGCCGGAAAAGCAGCAGAACCAUGGCCAUUUCUUCCAGGACAUACUCAUUUUGCUUCAUUUUACAAAUAUCCAAGUUACAUUGUUAAUCAUUAUUACAAUGAUGCAUACAAAAGUGAAGCUACAAAUGGAGUUCAUACUUUUUUCCAUACUCCUUCUGUUUAUUCAGUUGCUGUUGCAUCUGAUGAAGCUUUUGCUUCAAUGUUUAGUGAUGAUAAUCCUCAUGCUUGUACUAUAAUGUAAGCUAGGUUAAUGUUAAUUUGCUUUUUUCUUUUUUGGUUGUUUAUUUUUUUUCUUUGAAAUGAAGAUUAAGAAGUGAAAAUUGAGUGAGGCAUGUUUUUGCACUACAAGGGAAUCAUAAAGUGUUUUGUGUUUGUUUAUUGGUUGAUUUUGUUUUUAUUAUUUUGUAUAAUUUUCUUGAAUGUAUUAUCAUCAUAUACCAUC